AUGGCAAGCUUUUUGUACCAUCGUCCAAAUUUAUGGGACUAUCCAACCACCAAACCAUUCACCCAGUACGAUUAUGAACUCUUUAGUGAUAAGUCAUUAUUAUUAGAAAUGAUUAAGGCAGGAUGUCAAGAAGUUUUCAAAUAUGCACCGAGAGAUAUUAUUGAGGAUAGAGAAUUUGUGUUAAAAGCUGCCAAACUCAAUGGUCUUGUUGUUUUUGGAUCAUGUUUUACCUCAGACAAGGAAAUCAUGUUAGAAGCAGUGAAGAACAAUGGAUAUGCAUUGAGAUUUGCGAGUGAAGAAUUGAAAAAGAUUCUGAAUUGGUGA